UGACGUAAGGUCCAGCCUUGCGGAGAGAGCGCAACAAACAUGGCGACAGAGCGGAGCGGACAGGGGUGUCUUCUAACUUUCAUCGUGUUCCUCUGGAGCUCUGUCGGUGGGCGAACGGAGACCUCGAGCCAGAGUUCCCGGAGUCAGAUCCUGGGCAUGCGGCUGGAGAGGAGCGAUAAAGCGGCCAGCACUACGGAGGACGGGCUCAUCCAGGUAACGGAGGAGAGCAGCGUCGUGCUCCGGUUUUAUGGUGUCCACCUGAGCCCGGGCGCAGCAUCCAACAUCAGGUUUACGGAGAAUGUGGAUACAGGGGGUAGUGACGCGUUGAACAGGACUUGUGAGGAUUUCACCAAAGACAUGAGCAUCGGCAACUACAUGAACGUGAGCAGCAGGGGUACAUCAGGUCUGGUGAGUGUGUAUGUAAAGCCGAUGCGUAAAAGUGAACGAGAGAAGACCUACAGCCUAUGUGUCAGACAGGAUUUGGGAGAUAAAUGGGUCCAUUUGCCUGAUAAUGAUGGUAGAUUGGUAGUCGUAGAGGAGAAAGGAUCUCUUCUACCUCUUUGGUUCCAAGUCAUCCUGGUGUCAAGCUUGCUGGCGUUGUCCGGCAUGUUCAGUGGACUCAACCUGGGGCUCAUGGCGUUGGAUCCAAUGGAGCUUCGCAUUGUGCAAAGUUGUGGCACUAAUAAGGAGAAGAAGUAUGCACGCAAAAUCGAACCCAUUCGAAGCAAGGGCAACUAUCUGCUUUGCUCUUUAUUGUUGGGUAAUGUGCUGGUCAACACAACCUUGACGAUCCUACUAGAUGAUUUGAUCGGGUCAGGGUUGGGAGCCGUGGCGGCAUCCACAGUUGGCAUUGUCAUAUUUGGUGAAAUCGUGCCACAAGCGCUCUGCUCGCGCCACGGUUUGGCCGUAGGCGCCAACACCAUCGUGCUGACCAAAUUCUUCAUGCUACUGACCUUCCCGUUGUCAUUCCCCAUCAGUAAGCUUUUGGAUGUCAUCCUCGGGCAGGAAAUCGGCACCGUCUACAACCGAGAGAAGUUGGUGGGGAUGCUGAAGGUCACAGAGCCUUACAACGACCUGGUCAGAGAAGAGCUGAACAUCAUACAAGGUGCUCUCGAACUCCGAACCAAGACGGUGGAGGAUGUGAUGACGCCGCUGGGCAACUGCUUCAUGAUUCACAUUGACGCCGUGCUCGACUUCAGCACCAUGUCUGAAAUCAUGGAAAGCGGCUACACGCGGAUACCUGUGUUCGACAGUGAGCGCUCCAACAUCGUGGACAUCCUGUACGUCAAGGACCUGGCCUUUGUUGACCCGGAUGAUUGCACAACGCUUAAAACGGUCACCAAGUUCUACAACCGCCCGGUGCAUUUUGUCUUCCACGACACUAAGUUGGAUGCCAUGUUGGAGGAGUUUAAAAAAGGUAAAUCCCACCUGGCCAUCGUUCAGAAGGUGAAUAGUGAGGGCGAAGGAGAUCCGUUCUACGAGGUUCUGGGGCUGGUCACGCUGGAGGACGUUAUUGAGGAGAUCAUCAAAUCUGAGAUCCUGGACGAGUCUGAUCUCUACACUGACAAUCGUAACAAAAAGAAAGUGGAUCCCAACAAGAACAAGAGGGACUUUUCUGCCUUCAAACAUGAGAGCGAAUCUAAAGUCAAGAUAUCCCCGCAACUAAUGCUAGCAGCGCAUCGUUUCCUCGCUACUGAGGUGAGCAUUUUCAGUCCACUCCAGAUCAAAGACAAGGUCUUACUGCGAAUCCUCAGGCAUCCGGAUGUCAUUCAGGAGAUCAAGUUCAACGAGAGCGACAAGCGCUCGCUUCUGCACCAUUUAUAUCAACGUGGAAAACCUGUCGACUUCUUCAUCCUCAUCCUUCAGGGUCGAGUUGAAGUUGAGGCUGGAAAUGAGAAUAUGAAGUUUGAGGCCGGUCCUUUCUCUUAUUACGGAGUCAUGGCACUGAAUACACCAUGCCUGGCUGUCACCCCCCCUCUCUCUCCUGCCGUGGUGUCGCCUCGUCCGCGCCGCCUUUCACUUAAGAGGUUUUCUCUGUUCUCGCGUUUCCCAGGUAAAAUCCCCUACGUGCCACAACAUGAACUGAUGGGUUUCAUGUGCAUUCCAGAGUUUCGCUCGCCGUCUCAUGUGAGCGGUUUGAACCGCUCUGCGUCUCUGAGCUGCACGGAGAGAGUGGAUUCUGUGUCCAUCGGUGGCAGUAACAGUCAGCUCAAUAACAGCCCCGUGCCACAGUACGUCCCUGAUUUUAAUGUGCGGGCCAUCACUGACGUACAGUUUGUGAAGAUCACUCGUUCUCAGUACCAAAACGGCUUCCUGGCUUCAAAGCUGGACAGCACUCCUCAGUCCCCUGAAAGCAGCCAUACGCGUCUGGAUACCGGCCCUCUCCCACCCCCUCCCCCUACCGUCAGCGUGAACCACACCACAGCGCUGGCGGCUCCCAGAGAGAACGGGCCGGAUGAGACCACCUCGCUGCUCAACGACAGCCUGAAGAACAGCCUGUCCAAACGCCAGCCGAGCCACGGCCACCCUCAAAACCAGUCGCACCUGAACACCAACGUCAACUCCAGCCCCGCCCCUCAUCCCCACGGCAACAGCAGCCCCGCCCCUCAUCCCCACGGCAACAGCAGCCCGACGCCUUUCCCCAACCCUCACGCGCAUCAUGUGCACAUGUUCACGCACGCGCACACCGAGAGCACCAUUUGACGACACUAAUCUGGGGCCCUUGCGGAGCUCCAGAGUUGAACGAAUGCGAUCGCACAAGCACAUUUACACUUGACGAUGUCUUUCUCAAAACCUGCUAGAAACUACACUACAUCUAUGGCCUGAUCUCUCAUUUCGAGAGGCCAAAGGUGUGUUAUAGAACUCCAAAAAAAGGUGCAUCGUCUUCAAUGUUGGACGUGAUCUCACUGUGAUUUUAGGGGCUGCGGGUUCGGUCCGACGUUGAAGUCUUUAUGACAGGUUAUGGUGACUUAUGACCUGUGUUGCAUGCUAAUCAUGUAGACAUGUAAUCACGUAGACACUAUCUUAAUGUUUUCUGUAAAUUAUGUUAAUGCUACAAAUAUGCCCGUUUAUAGGCAUUAUACAAUAUUUCAUCAGUAUAUAACGAAGUUAUUGUACGAUAUGCACUUCUUAUGAUGUCUCUGACCCAGCAGCACACAUUUGUGUGCUGUAGUUUUCUGAGAUUAUGAGCAUAAGAGCACUUUGAGUCUCAUAAGCUAUUAUUGGACUGUUUGUGUACAACUAACCUUUCAGAGAGACUGGUCUAGUUUAUUUGGUUAUUUGCCAGGGUUAAGAGUGGCUACGUGAUGUAGCCGUGAUAAAAUUGUAGCUCUACGUGACAAACGUGAAGGAAAACUUUGUAAAUAUAGUUUGAAGAUGUGAAAUUUGCUGACACAGAUGUGGUUCAGAGAACCCCACAUGGUGACAUUUUAUAGCAAAAAAAAACAUUGAGCUUUUACCACUGCAAAACCCAGACCUGUGAUUUAUGAAAUUCAAAUUAUGAUACGAUAGUUUAUUUAAAGAUUAAUGUAUUUAUUUUUUUGUCUAA